AUGUCGGUCACCAUCCUCUCCCAACAUCAGGAAGUUGAUCUAAAGACCGUCGUGAAGAUCAUCCACUACCCUUAUACUAGGAAGAGAAGGAUGUGGAAUGUCCAGAUCCACUACCCCUUGUGUCUAGCAGAUGAACCUCUCCCCCAGAUUUUGUACCAUCCAGGGAAGGCAAAUACAAUCACUGAUGCCUUGACCCGAAAAUCUAUUGGAAAGUUGUCAUGUUCGCUCACUGGCCAGAGUGAAUUGUUAUGUGACCUAGAGAGGAAUGAAAUUGCAAUAGUCCUGCAUGAACAAAGAAGAACCCUAGCCGCCAUUUCUGCUCAGCUUGCAAUCAUUGAACAAAUUAGAGAGAAACAACUGGAAAAUGAGUUCUUGAAGAAAAUUUUUGAUGAAAUUUUCUUAAAACCGAAGCCGAGAUUUGUGAUUGAAGAUGGUGUGCUGAAAUUCCAUAAUAGGCUAUGUGUACCAGAUUAUUUUGACUUAAGAAAAUGUGUUAUGACUGAAGCUCACAAUUCAAAGUUUGCUAUGCAUCCGGAGAAUACAAAGAUGUGUCAUGACUUGAAACAGAACUUCUGGUGGCCUAGAAUGAAUAAAGGCAUUGCUGAUUUUGUGGCUAGAUGUUUGCAUUGCCAACAAGUUAAAGGUAUGGAUUCUAUUUGGGUCAAUGUUGAUCGCUUAACUAAAUCUACCCAAUUUUUACCUGUCAAAUCUUUGUAUAAUGCGGAUAAGCUAGCUAACUUGUAUGUCAAUGAAAUUGUGAAAUUGCAUGGAGUCCCAGUUUCCAUAGUAUCUGACAAAGAUCCUAAGUUUACUUUCAAGAUUCUGGCAAAGUUUAUAGCAAGCUUUGGGAACUAA